AUGGCGCGCAGCCGAUGGGUAGACCAAGAUAUAGAUAAUGCGAAGCCAAAGCUACCGGCUCUCCCGCCUCUUGUCACAGCUCAAGUUACCCCUGAACGGACAUUGCGAGACAGGGAUCAAGUUCCCAUUGGAUGGUCGCAGAUAAAGAGUGGGGCCGCAACUCUUAGCAGUGGCCCUAGUCCCUCAUCCUCUUCGGAUGCUAGCGCUUUCUCACCUCACUCGGCAUCGAGCGUUCGAACGAGGAGACCACCACCCCCACUAGUUGGUGCGGAAUCGCUUUCCCCCAGAAUCAAUAACAAUUCCGCCGCGCAGAGGGCGCAGAGAACCCCAGCAUCGCCGCUUAGCUAUAAGUCUCCAUUUGUUGGAGAGCAGGAACUAUUCGAACCGAUCACGCGUAGCAAUUCAAAGGCCCGUGUUUUUAAGUCGCCUUUUGUGGGUGAUUCGAGCGUUCUCAUGCCAGCUGCUUUGGAGGGCGGAAAACUUGAAUGGACAAAUCAAAUUGACAAUGGCAGUCCACCGGAAGUUGUUUUCAGCAAUGAUCCGCGUAAAUCUGAUGAAAUGAAAGGAUUAAAGGCUUUGCCGCCCUUGCCGCCAAGAAACCAAAACUCUGCGCUUCUGUCCGUAGACAAACUAGCGGGAGAUAACGUCGCCCAGUUAAACUUAGGAGUCGGGCCUCUAGAAAAAAGCGAUAAAAACUUCGAGGAACCGCUAAAACCAUUCACUAAUGAUAUGCGGCACCGCAGUGACAAGAGGACGAUAUCUGAUAGCAUAAGUAGCUAUUAUUCGAGUUCCAAUUACGCUUUUAAUGACGAACUUGGUAAACACAGCAGCUUUAAUUCGAUUGCCGGCAAUCGCCCUCUACAGCACGUUCCCAGCGUUACAGCCCCAACGCAGCCAUUCAGCAUCGAUUUACUGGACGAAAACAAGUUAUACCAGUGCUAUACUGUCUCUUUACUCUCUGAUAUUUAUGAAUGGCUGCUGAAGGUGUACUUUGAGUGGUUUAAUGAAUACGUCUUUCAUAAGAUUGAGUUCUUUCAAAUGGUGCAGUUAUUACUGGAAUUUCAACUGCCUGUCUCUUGCGACCAGGAUAUUGUUGAUUCGAAUGUGGAUAGAGUAAUAGAAUCGCUUGUUUUGCAAGGCGCGGUCCGGUUUGAGGGAGACACUGUCAACUCAUCCUCGGACGAAAUUACCAUCAUAGUCGCAGGUUUAGCUGUGCAAGGAGUUUUUACAGCCUUGUUACCAUGCUACUCUUAUGAAGGUCAGAGAAUUCUAAGCAACCAAGAUCCGCAUUGCUACUGCCCAAGGUGCCCUUCAAAGUUUAUGAAACAGUCGAGGCCAGUCCUCAAAGUUUCUGAAAUCAUUAACAAAAGUGUUGGGCUCUGGACUGAUUACUGGAAGCUUACCCCCGAGGAAUUAACCGAAAUAAACCCUCGAGAAGUCAAAAGGCAAAGUCUAUUCUUUGACUUGAUUAUCUUGGAGGAACGAUCUUUGAACUUGGCAAAUGCAGCAGUCGAAAUUUAUGGAAGUCAGUUUGAUCCUAGUCUCCUUCCUGAAGAUCCAAAUUUUAAAAAGCUGGCAUUUGAUAUUUUUGAGCCGAUGGUUGAGCUUCACAAAGAGUAUCUGCUAACUCCGCUUUUUUGGAAGCUCAAAUCUCGUGGAAAAUUCAUUGAUGGCGUAGGCAAAUUUUACCUCCAGUGGUGCAAUUCAGCACGCGAAUUGUAUGUGCAGUAUGCAGAAAGCAUGGCGACGGUUCAUGAAAUUAUAAGCUGGGAGAAAGCGCACAAAACGAGAUUCUCGUUGUGGUUAAAAGACAUUGAUAACUCACCCGAAAUCUCUCGAUCAAAACUUUACCAUGACGUUAUAUUUUUUGGGGGCUUUUUUAAAGCGCUGCAGAACAUUCCUGUUACUCUUAGUUCCAUUUUGAAAUGCACUGAUCAAUCUAUGGAGGAUUAUGAGUACCUCAAACUCGCAAUAGCUGAUAUCAAGGCACUUAAUGCAACCGUCGACACUGUUCAUGGAAAUGCUAUCGACCACCGAAGGGUAGUUCGGUUUGCGAGACAGCUGGUUCUUGGCUCAGGGUCGAAUAGUAGCACAGUUGGAUAUGUCAAUAUUAAUGAUGGAAAUCCUAAUGCACAAUCAGCGCAAGAGAAACUUGAUUUGAGGCUCAAUGAAAAAUCAAGAAAGCUACUGAACUCUGGGCCUGUACACAAAAAAAGGGAGCUUUGGAUUGAGAAUGCCCAGUUAUAUCUAGUAUUGCUAGACAACUAUCUUCUCAUUACCGAAGAUGUCACAAGAAACAAUGAAACCAAAUACAAAUUGUGUGAGAGGCCAAUACCGAUUGACUAUUUGAGUUUGGAGUCUAAAGAAGAUUUAAAGCUUUCCAAGUUCAGCAGCGAUCAGCAGGAGCAUUCGUCUCUUGAGAGUAGAAGUAAUUCUAGACCAGCCAUAUCUGCCGCGAAAUCAAACAGGCUUUCUCUUUAUGGAUCUAGAUUCUCCCCUUUACAUUCAAAAACAUUACACAAUGAAAUCCAAGCGUUGCAAAACAAAAACGAAAGCUCGGAUCACCAGGAAUCAUCAAUCACUUUCAAGGUUAGAAACACAGCAACAAACGAGUCCUUCACCUUCUCUACAUCAACUAUUGAAGAACGAGAUGCAUGGGUAUCUUCCUUGGUUUCUUGCUUCAAGGCUCAUCACGCGAAAAAUAACUCCAGAAUAUUUUUAUUGAGUUGUCUCACUGACAUGUUCAGCUAUGAAGAGGGGCAGGCUCCUACAAAUUUACCAGUGGUUCAUGAGGGAAGCGCUAUUGACUCUGCUUUGAAGGCGUACUAUGCAAAAAGUCCGCCGGAGAAAGACGGCAUUAGCGCAGAAAUUCGGUGUACAGUACUCUUGCCUUACGAAGGAAAGACCUUUGUUUUAUGUGCCACCAAUCAAAGCAUCUACAUGAGAUGUGUGGACUAUUCAAAUAAAUGGAAGAACAUUUUGAUCUUAAGCAAAGUCACUAGAAUGCAAGCUAAUGCUCGCCUUGGCUUAUUUUUUGUUCUGGCGGAUAGGAGGCUGUGUUAUUUUAACAUUCCCAGCAUUGUGUGUGCUUAUUUCGGUGCAAGUGAGUACCUUUCCCAAAAACAAAUAACGGGCAUCAUUUUACAGGAGAAAGUUGGUUUUUUCAAAGUUGUUGACGAUUUUGGCAAUUCGAGGCAACUAUUCUUCGAACGCAAGGGAAAGAUCGUGGUGCUUACUCCAGAAUUUGACAGGCUAACAAAAAAGCUGAAAUUUUUUAAGUUCUACAAAGAAUACAGAUUGCCAAGUUCGGCCAAUGGGCUAGUCUCAACUGAUGUCAAGGACAUUGCAGUCUUUCCGAAAAGUUUCAUAGUAUGUUCGUCAAAAGGGGCGUUGUUAUUCAACGAUUCAUUCAACGAUGUUGGUCUCUUUUUGCCAAGUUUUCUCAAUGACAAAACGAUAUCAGAUCAUCAACACCACUUUACUCAUCAUGCCGUGAAAUCCUACAAAGACUCACUUUCAAAGAUGGAUUCGUCGAAACAGAAAAUGGCAAGCUAUGUCAAAACUGAUAUUUUGAACCGAAAGACAAGUUGUGUUGGAUGCUUCCAGCUUAGUGACAAUGAUUUCAUCAUUAUAUAUGAUGAAGCAGUUUUGAGGGUCAAUCAAAAUGGCGAAAUACCGGACUGGAAAGCCGACAUAUUGGUUUUGGACUUCUACUGUUUGGCAGCAUCUUUAACUGAGGAGUUCCUCAUAUUAUUCGGCGAGAAUCUUGUUCAAAUUUAUGACCUAAAUUACGCAGGAAUCAUUUUGAAUAAUAAGCUUAGUAGGCUGACUCCAAUACAAAUCAUUAAGAGUAAGAAAAUCAAGCUGAUACAUUCUGAUCGUACUGAGAGUCCAACGAUCACCUUAAGCCAUCCUUCGAUUCCUGGAAGACAGCUGGUUCUUGCGUUUCAACUUGAAGGAUAA